AUGUUGCGAAGUAAUGAGGAAGAAUACUGCAUUACGGAAGCCGGUUUCAACGAGUUAUAUAUUGUCAAAAGGCUGUUCCGCCGCAGGUCUCUGUGCAAUCCUUGUGGCAAACUCUUCGACUCUGGCGAGCUUGAAGAUAAACUAAGAGCUCUCUGGAAACCAGUCCUAUGUACUGGAUGCAACGAACGCCAUCCAGAGCUUCUAUUCUCUCAAGGUCGGCGAACAGAAAAUCGAUGCGUUGGGCUCCUUGGUCACUUUGCAGUUUGCAAACAUCUCAAACUCUCGGGCAAGUGGCUGGAUAUCGAGAUAACCUUGAAAAAUACACUGGAGCGAGACGAGCGGGUGAUCACGUGCAAACAUCCUGAUCAUAUUUCAGCCUACGACAAACGUAACGAUUCAUUGAGCUGCCACGUAUUUCAGCCACGUAUCAAAUAUUCGUAUGCUACCUUAGUGUGGAGCACGGUACCGCUGGGAUUGGGAAAAUGA